AUGCCGGGCUCUAGCUUCUCCGAUAACCCUCUCCUUCGGGUAUCGCGGCCCGUAUCAGCAUGUUCACGUUGUCGAGCUGCGAAGGUGAAGUGCGAUGGCAAACUACCUGCAUGCACCGCUUGCGAAAAGGCUGGCCGUGAAAGCGAAUGCUCUAGUGCAAAUGAUCAAUUCGCUCGAGGAAAGGAAAGGAGCUACGUUGCUGCUCUGGAACUCAGGGUCGAGAAGCUUGAACGUCGGUUGGCUUUUGCCAGGCUGAGAAAGGCUUCUGUCAAUUUGCAUGAGCCUGAUGACUUGACCACCCAAUACGACCGCAAAGACUCCUUGGCAAAGAUCCGUGCCGCAAUUCACCGCAAGGCUGCUCGGCGACGUGAGGACUCGGAUAUCAACUCGCUCGUCUCGGACUUUGGCUUCAUGUCGGUAGACGCCACGUCGCGCGACUUCGAAGUCGACGUCAGUAAUCUGACUUUUGGCCGUUUCGUCCUCGCCGCCUCCACCAAUGAACUAACCCCAGAGCCUGCGGAGAAGAGCCUGCCGCCGCGGCAAGAGGCACUCACCAUGGUCCAGUACUACAUGGCCAACAUCUUCUCUGUUGUACCGGCCUUCUCUGAGACCAAGCUUUUGACUGUACUUGACGAUCUUUAUCAACAGGACGAUCGUGUCAUACAAGACUCGGAUUACUGGCUGAUUUACCUGGUGCUUGCCAUUGGGUAUGCAGCUCAAAGCAGAGAACGGGAGGACUCAUACUACCUCAGCGCGGUCGACUUUGUUGGGCGCGCUCUUCCAUGUGCCGACGGCGCUCUGGGACCUGGAAGCAUCACGCAAGUGCAGUCUCUCAUACUGCUGACGCAAUACUCCAUGCUCGAUCCUGUUCACUUCGACAGUUGGUAUCUGAUUGGCUUCGCAUGCCGCGCUGUCAUUGACAUGGGGCUGCACCAAGAUCCCGUCCAGAGCCAGAUCACUGAUGCUGCUGCGCUUGACACGCGGAGAAGAAUAUUCUACUGCGUGUACUCGCUAGACAGGGCCAUCAGCAUGACGCACGCGCGGGCAUUCAGUUUCACCGACGAAUCCAUCAACGUCGCAUACCCCAACAGCUCUGGACAACGCAACGCAGGCCGGGACUCCGUUGCGCAGGGCCUCGUCGCGGGACCUCAGGAUGCGGACCCGGCUUUGUUCCUUUUCGAGUUCCGCCGCAAACAGUCACACUGGUACCAGAUCCUGUUUCAAUCGGAACCCAAACCCCUUCACGAUGCUGCUUCAUUCAUCUGGCAAAUGUGUCUCGACAUGCGAGAGUGGAAUGAGUCGCUGCCAACGACCCUAUCGGCACCCAUUCGGGAUCUCUUUGACCUUGAUCUUCGCUACAGCUACGUCUACUGCCUUGCUCCUUCGGCCCGCGCACCAAACAUCACCCCAUACACCCGAGCUCUCAUCUUUGAGCACGCCAUCGCUUACGUCAACGCCAUCCACGGCGUCGUUCAUCACCCAACACCAAGUCACACUGCCUACUACACCUAUCACGACGUGUUGAAACUAUACUUCAUGGCCACCCAGCUCGUUACUGUUCUCAACGAUGGCGCCGAUGCCCUGCUUUCUGGUGUAUUACCACAGGCACCUCUGACACGCCCUGGCGCUGCACCGCCGCCGCCUCUGCCACGCCCGCAAAACCCAAAUGUGGACAAGGUGUCUCAGAGUCUUCGGUGUCUGCAACAGGUCGUUGAAACCUUGAAGAAAUACGGCGAGAGAUGGGAGAAUGCGCUACCACUGAAAGAUAACUUUGAGAUCAUGUCACGGGAUCUUUGGUCGUGGUUGAAGGCUCGCAAGCAAAUGAUAGAGCAGCGACCGCAUCACAGCCCUCAGCAGCAACAGCACCAGCAACAUCAGAGUCCCCAGCAACAGCACCAGCAACACUUCCAGGCGCAGCAGCAACAUCAAAGUCCUCAGCCACAGCAACAGUUCCAAGCACAGCAGCAGCAUCAAAGUCCUCAGCCACAACAACAGUUCCAAGCGCAGCAGCAGCAUCAAAGUCCUCAUCAACAGCAACAGCAGCAUUUCCAGGCACAACAGCACCAUCAAAGUCCUCAGCAACAGCAACAGCAACAUUUCCAGGCGCAGCAGGCCACUCAGGCCAUGGCUCACGGAAACGGAAUGCAGCAGAUGCCCGGAGUCUUACCCCCUGGGGCCCCUGGUGGACAGCAAUAUCGAUGGGCCUGA